UCACAUUGUUUCACAAACCAAAAGAAGAAGAAGUGUUUAGUCAUUUUCAAACGAAAUUGUUUCUCGAAGUUUUCCAAAAAACGGCCAUAUAAGACGCCUUGAAACAAUUUCCUUCUAAGCUUCUUCUAAGAUAUCAACAAGACGACAACAACCAUGGAGUUUCCUCACUUGGGACAGCACUGCAGCGAGUCUACUUGCAACAGAUUGGAUUUUCUGCCCGUUAAAUGCGACUCGUGCGACAAGGUCUUCUGCGCCUCCCACUACAAUUACGAGCGUCACAACUGCCCGGGUGCCCACAAGAAGAACGUGCAGGUUCCCGUUUGCCCCCUUUGUCGUGAGCCUGUGCCCACGCCACCCGGAGUCGAGCCCGACGUCACCGUGGGCCAGCAUAUCGACCAGCAAUGCAAGUCGGAGAGCAAGAAGAUCUACACUAAUCGCUGCCACGCCAAGGGCUGCAAACGCAAGGAACUCAUUCCGGUGACAUGCUCCCAGUGUCACUUGAACUUCUGCCUGCGUCAUCGCCACACGAGCGACCACAACUGCCAGCCGCAAAGUACGAAGCCAGCAGCUGAAACAGGGACAUCUUCCGCCACUGGUGGAUGGCAAUCCAUAUUCAAAUCCUCCUCGGACACCCGCUCCAUGGCAGCUCAGGCAGCUGAGAGGCGUAGGCAGAUUAAGCCCACAAGCAACAGCAUGAGCAAUACCAAUUCCAGACCAAGACCAGUGCAGGCCACACAAGUACAAAACAUACAGGGCAAUAUGAGCGAAGACGAAGCUCUUGCGCGAGCCCUAGCCUUAUCAAUCAUGGAGCAGGAUGACGCUGCGGAACGCAACCGCCAAUCACCAGCCCAAAACAACGCCCAGCAAGUAACCGUGGGCGGGGGCGAAAAUCAGCAGGGAAAUGCGAAGGACAAGUGCCUGCUGUCCUAGUUUAUACAAGGCAGCUAUGUCUCAACAUAUCCAUCACUUGACCAGCAGCAAGAAAUCUGCCCAACUAUUAGAUGUUAAUCAAACUUCGUUAUCGUAAUAUUUUGUUGGUAAUUUACUUCGACUUCGUCACAUUCUACGUGGUUUAGCAAAAAUAAAUCAAUGUUAAUUCUA